UGAUGUUUUAAUUGACACAAAUUCUCGCGCGUGCUUACAUUUCUGGAAGUGCGCGCGUUGGAAGAUUUUUUUCCUGUUUCGUUAUGAACGUUUUCUGUGAAGUGGAUGGUCUCGUCGUGUUGAAUUCCACACCGUUAGAUCUGCCCCAAUAAAACGACAGCGUUGCCUGGAGGACAUGGGAGAAAUUAUUUCCGAUGACGUGUUUGAACGGAUUAAGCUUUUUGGUCUCCACACACGACACUCGUCUUACAUAGUAACGUAGCGCCACGUUAACAUUCUUUUGACGGUAUCACCCUCACGGAUCUCAUAUAUUAUCCUCAAACAUUCUAAACAUUUAAGGCGAAUGGAAGGAUAAUCUAGUCAUUAAGAUAGAAAGAAACAACCUUCUAAAAAUAUCUUCACGUUCACGGCGGCUUACUGGAACCCGGUACAUAUUAUUACCCUUCUUUUCUCUCUCUCGGAAUCGGACUCCAGCCAUGGCUGUGGUUCUUGGAAAUUUGGCUUUGUUACUUGACGUGACAUCUGCGAGGACCGUUACAACGGACCGAAAAUCUCGUCCCUUGGCGAUCGACGUCGUGUUGAAUCUGCAGAAGAGGGAUCCGCAUUUCUCCCACGUUUCUCUUCCCAACAAGAGCCAACUCGACUACUGGGACGGGGAGAAUCGGGCACCCCGUGCGGUGGCUCGUGGCAAAGCGAAUUCGAAAGUAAAGGCGGUGGAUUUUGACGCGGCGUCCAGUGACGACGAUGAGAACGGCAACGGAUUUGAGGAGGAAGAGGAGGAGUACGAUUGGGAGAACGAAAUGAGGAAGAGAGUUAAAGAAAUUGAGGAGAUGAGGGAAUUGGAGAAGAAAGCAGAGGAGCUGCAGAGUAAAGCGGAAGCAGAGGAAACUGAAGGUGAAGGUGAAGGUGCAGGUAGAGAAGAAACCGAGGAGGAAAAGAGGAUGAGAGUGAGAAAAGAGCUCGAAAAGGUGGCUAAGGAGCAGGCAGAGAGGAGAGCUACGGCACAAUUGAUGUUCGAAUUGGGCCAAAAGGCUUACGGAAAAGGCAUGUACGGACGUGCCAUUGAAUUUCUUGAAGGUGCUCUCACGAUCAUUCCCAGGCCAACGUUAUUUGGCGGUGAGAUUCAAAUAUGGCUGGCUAUGGCUUAUGAGGCGAAUAACCGCCAUGCGGACUGCAUUGCUCUGUACCAGCAAUUAGAGAAGAAGCACCCUAGUGUGAGCAUUCGACGGCAAGCUGCUGAUCUCCGCUACAUUUUGCAAGCACCCAAACUCAAGAUAUCCCAGGAAGAGAUGGUUACAAUACCGCUGAUUGGUUCUAGUUACGACAGCUAUGCAGCGACAUGGACUGACAAGUACAAGGACAAAGAUCAGAAGACAAGCGGAUCAACAACCAAUCAGUUUCCCUCCUCCAGAGACUUUCUGGCUGAUUUUCUGGUGUGGCGACCUCCUGUUGGACUGGAGAAGAACAGAGCAUUUUGGGUUGCUUUGACUUUAUGGUUUGGCUUGGUGGGAGCUGCCGUUUUACUACAAAGAUGAAUCAUCCAGAACGGACUCCAUAAUUAUUGUUGUUGUUGGAUUAUGAUAUAUGUUCAUUUAAUUAUUUAUCGUGCCUUGUUAAUUUGAUGUAUGUAUAAAGCAAAAGGAUGUGUUCCUUAAUGAUUUACAAGCACACUUGAGAUCUGUCAUCUAUGGCUGGAUAUCGAAUUGGGUAUGGUUAUUUCUUUGUACAAACAA